AUGAUACCUAGAAAAUACAAGUCAGGUUUUGAAAAAAGAAAACAAAAAAAGAGAGAAGAAGAAUUGGUUCGAUCUUUAGCAGGAUCUCUUGAUAGAUUUUUGCCUAGUAAACAAAGAGGUGGCUCAACAUCUAAUGUUGAAGAAGAAACAAAUCCAUCAGUCCUGAGUGAUAAAGAAGAAGAACCAGUAGGUGAUAAAGAAGAAGAAAUUAGAGUAGGUGAUGAUGGUGAUCAAUAUGAGGAAGAAGAAAUUCUUCCAAUAGGUGAUAAAGAAUUUGGGCCAUUAAACAUUUACGAUCCAGGAAAUUGGGAUAAUAUUAAUCAGAAGUUUAGGGACCUAUUAAUAGAAAAAGGUCCAAUUAGAAUUCUUGAUAUUGAUUUUGGUGUUGAUCACCUUGGUAGGCAUUUUUCAUCUAAUCAUUAUGAACGAGUGUUAUUGAAUGGAGAGAAACAAGAUAGGAAAUGGCUUGUAUAUUCUGUUUCUAAGGACAAAGUGUUUUGCUUUUGUUGUAAGUUAUUCAAACAAGAUCAUAACACUUCCCGAAUGACAACGGAUGGAUUUAAUGAUUGGAAACAUCUUAGUGAACGACUUAGAGCUCAUGAAACUAGUAGUGAACACCUAGUUUGCAUGACCAAAUGGAUAGAAUUGCAAGUUAGGUUGAGAAAACUUGAAACAAUUGAUAAGAGUGUACAAGAACAAAUAGAUAGGGAGAAAGAGCAUUGGAAACAAGUAUUAAAAAGAAUAAUAGCCCUUGUAAAAACUCUUGCAAGAAACAAUUUAGCAUUUCGUGGUCAUAGGGAAAAGCUUUAUGAAGGGAGAAAUGGAAACUUUUUAGGUUUUAUUGAGAUGAUUGCAGAUCAUGAAGAACAAAUGUCUCUUAUAUUGCGAUGUGUGGAUGUUUCCGGUGAACCAAUAAAAGUGGAGGAAUUUUUUAUACAAUUUUUAGAGGUAGAUGAUACAUCGGGGCUAGGACUUUUUAAUGUGCUCAAAGAUAUUUUAAAUACCCUUGAUCUUGAUGUUGGUGACAUAAGAGGGCAAGGAUAUGAUAAUGGAUCAAAUAUGAAAGGAAAACACAAAGGUGUUCAAAAUAGGUUGCUUAUGGAGAAUCCUAGAGCAUUUUACACACCUUGUGGUUGUCAUAGUCUUAAUCUUGUACUUUGUGAUAUGGGUAACUCUUGUGAAAGAGCCAUAUCUUUUUUUGGAGUUGUUCAGCGCAUAUAUUCAUUGUUUGCAUCGUCUACAAAACGGUGGAAUGUUUUGAUGUCUUAUGUUGGAAAUCUAACACUUAAGCCUUUUUCUCAAACACGUUGGGAAAGUCGUGUUGAGAGUGUUAAAGCAAUACGAUAUCAAACUUCACAAGUUAGAGAUGCUUUAAUUGACUUAGUUAAUACUAGUGAAGAUCCAAAGACAAAGAGUGAAGCCCAAUCCUUAGCAACAAAUGAAAUUGAGAGUUUUGAGUUCUUGAUUAGCUUGAUAAUAUGGUAUAAUUUAUUAUUUGCUGUAAAUACCAUUAGUAAAACCCUUCAAGCUGAAGAUAUGGAUAUUAAGAUUGCCGUAGAAAAGCUAAGAGGACUCAUCUUAUUUUUUGAACAAUAUAGAGAGAUAGGAUUUGUGGAAGCCAUAAUUGAAGCUAAAGAAAUAGCUAGUGCAAUGGAUAUUGAACCUGUUUUUAAAACAAAACGACUAAUUCGAAGAAAAAGACAAUUUGAUGAAACUAACAAUGAAGAUUUAAUACAUUCAGUUGAGGAGUCAUUUAGAGUUGAUUACUUUCUAUACAUAGUGGAUAAAUCUAUUUCUUCUUUUAGAAGUAGGUUUGAACAACUUCAAUUAUAUGGAGAGACUUUUGGAUUUUUGUUUGAUUUGAAGAAGUUACAUUCUAUUGAUAAUGAAAGUUUGAUAUCGUAUUGCACUAAACUUGAGAAUUUUUUGAAGUGUGAUAAUCUUUAUGAUAUUGAUGCAAGAGAUUUAGCUUUAGAAUUAAAAGUUUUGUGUAACACCUUGCCUGAAGAAGUAAAAAAACCUAUUGAAAUAUUAAAUCAUUUGCAAAUGCUUGAUGGUGGUUUUCCAAAUACAUGGAUUGCAUAUAGAAUAUUGUUAACUAUUCCGGUAACGGUAGCCUCCGCAGAGAGAAGUUUUUCAAAGUUGAAAUUGAUAAAAUCAUAUCUUCGGUCCACCAUAUCGCAAGAAAGGUUAAAUGGGUUAGCUAUGUUGUCUAUUGAGAGUGAUUUGGCGGAAAAUGUUGAUUAUACUAAUAUCCUGAACAAUUUGCUAUCAACCAACCAAUCAGCUACUCCUGUUCUACACAUCAUCAUCAGUGUCCCUAAGAGUGAGUUUGGACUGAGGGAUUUGGGGGGAAGGGAAGAGAAGGGAAAAAGAGAUCUAGAUUUUACACUGGGUCACAAACCUAUUGAUAUUUCGGAUGGUCUUUGGGAGAAGUUGAAUAGGCAGGCAUGUAGCUCUAUUUGUAGCAUUAUGUCAGAUCACUUGAGUGAGUAUGAGAAGAUAUUGGCUGAUUGGGAGAACUUGAAAGUCACAAUCCAAGAGGAGGAUAAAGCUCUACUACUCUUGAAUUCCUUGCCAAACUCUUAUGACCACUUAGUCAUUAAUCUUCUUUUAUCGGAAGAGGGAGAUUAA